AUGGAAAUAUGCGCACAUACUCUACAAACCAAGUUUAGUCUUAAUGAUGAACUAGUGGAACUUCUUGUUUGUCGGCUGAAAUUAUCAAAUAAUGUUCAUUCAUGCAUAGCUAUAUUACUUGGAGAGCUUAUUCGAGCAAAGCUGGAGGUCCCUAGGCAAGUGAAGAUUAGGCUGCUGGUGCUUUGGCUUCCAUUGUUUUGCUACGCAGACAACGGACUUGCAUAUCCAGUCCUGACGGGCUAUGAGAAGGCAGAAAUGGAGAGGAUAAUGGAUGAAAUGAUCUCUGGCUUACCAUCCAUGGAUCAAGAAGUAAUACUCACAAAUUGGUUGCAGGACUUCACUAUGUCCACCUCAGAUUGGCCUAACCUGCAAACCUCGUACGACCGGUGGUGCAACUCUACUCGCAAGCUUAUUACCUGA